AUGUAUUUGUCAAGAUUUCUGUCACUUCACGCCCUCUGGGUUACCGUAUCCUCCGUGAUGCAGCACUACCCUUCCGUGUGGGGACACUAUGAUGUGUGUAAGACUCAGAUUUACACAGAAGAAGGAAAAGUAUGGGAUUACAUGGCCUGCCAGCCGGAAGCCAGAGACAUGAUCAAAUACGUAAAAGUGACUCUGGAUCCCCCAGACAUAACAUGUGGAGAUCCUCCUGAGACUUUCUGUGCAAUGGGGAAUCCCUACAUGUGCAAUAAUGAAUGUGAUGCGAGUACCCAAGAACUGGCUCAUCCUCCAGAACUGAUGUUUGAUCUCGAAGGAAGACAUCCCUCUACAUUUUGGCAGUCCACAACUUGGAAGGAUUAUCCAAAGCCUCUUCAUGUUAAUAUUACGCUCUCCUGGAACAAAACCAUUGAGCUCACAGAUAACAUAGUUAUCACUUUUGAAUCUGGCCGUCCAGACCAAAUGAUCUUGGAGAAAUCACUUGACUAUGGACGAACAUGGCAGCCCUACCAAUAUUAUGCCACGGACUGCUUAGAUGCUUUCCACAUGGAUCCAAAAUCGGUGAGGGAUUUAUCACAGCACACGGUCCUAGAAAUCAUUUGCACAGAGGAAUACUCUACUGGGUACAUGACAAAUAGUAAAAUAAUCCACUUUGAAAUCAAAGAUAGAUUUGCUUUUUUUGCUGGACCUCGGCUUCAUAAUAUGGCUUCUCUUUAUGGCCAGCUUGACACAACCAAGAAGUUAAGAGAUUUCUUUACCAUCACAGAUCUGAGGAUAAGACUGCUUAGGCCAGCAACUGGAGAAAUAUACGUAGAUGAGCAACACCUGGCACGCUACUUUUAUGCAAUUUCAGACAUAAGGGUGUACGGAAGGUAA